AUGGUUUCAAAGACUCUACUUCUUGGUCUUGCCUUUGCAACCAACGCAUUUGCCGAUUUCUACCUUGGCAGCAUGUCUGGAGAAGGCAUAUCGGGCUCUGCUGGAGCUGGUCCUGCUCAACAGUCCCAGUGUAACUAUGUUCUUUGGGAUGAUGGAACGGACAUCUGCGAUGCCGGAAACUUUAACCCCGACGAUGGUAGCGGCGGCUGCCCUGGCCAAAAUUUCGACGCACCAGAUUGGUGCGGCAUGGAUGUCAGUGGCAUUGGUUGUCCAAGUGGGUAUGUAAUCGGUACCCCAGGAGGAAAUGACGACUGUGGUGCGGGUAUGAACGACAAUGGCGGCGAGACUCCAUCUGCGGGCACAUUCUACGCAAACGUGAUUGAUACGAGCCAUAAUAACACUGCCGUUGGUCGUUGUGUCUAUGAACUCAGCAGUACAACGGACUGCGUCAGUAAUGGAAGCUACGAGGCCGAGACGAUUGUUCACUGCUACAUGAAGGCGGGCUGCUAA